AUGCCUAUGCCAGGAGCCGAUAAGACCACCGAGGCCAAGGAGGGCGUCCUCACCUACAUGCGCGCAUGGGGCGAAUCCUCAGUACCUCCCACCGCCCUCGCAACCCUCAUCACAGCCCAACACUUCCGCCCCUUCCAGAAGCUCCCCAUGCUCUUCGUCCCCGUCCUCCUCUUCUCCUCAUACCUGAAUCUGAACGGCUUCCCUGUGGACUCGGCUGGUGUGACUUCUGCUUGGAGUGCUGCAUACUUGGUUGUCGCCAGGAGAAGAAAGCAGGCCUUCUCCAGCAAGUUUGGCGCUAGAGGUGCUAUCAGAGGUCUGACGCUGGGUCUUUGCGCUGCAAACAUCGUCAGUGGUGGUCUUGCAUACACUUUUGGCAAGAGAGAGGCCAGGGAAGACUGA